AUCUAUAGAGCGUGCAGUGUUCAAGAAGUAAAAGUGUUGAAGUGUUAAAAGUGUAAAAGUAGAAAAUGACUGGUCGCGGCAAAGGUGGAAAAGGCUUGGGUAAAGGUGGUGCUAAGCGUCAUCGUAAAGUUUUACGUGAUAACAUCCAGGGAAUUACUAAGCCUGCUAUUCGGCGUUUGGCUCGUCGUGGAGGUGUAAAACGUAUAUCUGGUUUAAUAUAUGAAGAAACACGUGGUGUCUUAAAAGUAUUUUUGGAGAAUGUUAUCCGUGAUGCAGUCACCUAUACUGAGCACGCUAAAAGGAAGACAGUUACAGCAAUGGAUGUUGUAUAUGCUUUGAAGAGACAAGGACGUACCUUGUAUGGAUUCGGCGGUUCACCAUUUAUUAAGCGAUAUUUGAAAUCGGCUGUUACUAGUGGUAAACUUAUUCAAACUAAAGGAAAGGGUGCAUCCGGUUCGUUUAAAUUAUCAGUGGCUGCCAAUAAAUCAAGUAAAUCCGGUGAAGGUAAAUCGAAGUCAAAAGCGGUAAAAUCUAUCGAGAAGAAGCCCAAAAAGAAAUCGACAGAUGGUGUAGCGUCAAAAAAGAAGGCAGCGGUUGGCGGUAAGAAAAUAAGUGGCGAGAAAAAAGUGAAGAAAACUGUUACUAGCAAGAAAACAGCGGAGAAGAAGAAAAGUGAAAAAGCCAAAACGAAAGAUGCAAAAAAGACUGGAUCAGUUAAAGCCAAACCAGCUAAAGCUAAAUCGUCUCCGAAUAAAGCAAAGGCAUUAAAAGCUAAAACACCUAGUGUCAAAACCAAGAAAGCAGCGAAAAUGACUGGUCGCGGCAAAGGUGGAAAAGGCUUGGGUAAAGGUGGUGCUAAGCGUCAUCGUAAAGUUUUACGUGAUAACAUCCAGGGAAUUACUAAGCCUGCUAUUCGGCGUUUGGCUCGUCGUGGAGGUGUAAAACGUAUAUCUGGUUUAAUAUAUGAAGAAACACGUGGUGUCUUAAAAGUAUUUUUGGAGAAUGUUAUCCGUGAUGCAGUCACCUAUACUGAGCACGCUAAAAGGAAGACAGUUACAGCAAUGGAUGUUGUAUAUGCUUUGAAGAGACAAGGACGUACCUUGUAUGGAUUCGGCGGUUAAACCAUUUUUACUAUCAAAUAUGAAAAUCUAACAAAACGGUCCUUUUCAGGA